AGUAGCCAACGCUUCCCAAGAGCAAGCGAGCAAGAGGCCAUCUCGGGGGAGCCCGGCGUGGGAUGAACCAGAUCAAACAGAUCCAUGCUUUCACCCUCCGCAAUGGCCUCGACGACAUCCAAGCCCUCGUCCUGAAGCUGCUCCAAGUUCCCAACCUCCCCUACGCCCACGCCCUCCUCCUCUCCCAUCCCCACCCCCCGCCCACUUUCCUCUACAACAAGCUCUUCCAGGCCUACGCCCGCGGCGCCGGGAGCGCGUUCGAGCCCUGCGCUGCACUCUUCGCCCGCAUGCGUCGGCCCCCCAACCCGCACUCCUUCGUCUUCCUCUUCUCCGCCUGCACCGCCUUCGCUCGCCCCGCCCACGGCCGCGCCCUCCACGCCCGCUUUCUCCUCUCCGGCCUCCCUUUCGACGCCUUCGUCGCCACCUCCCUCCUCGACUUCUAUGCCAAGUCCGGCCUCCUCGACUCCGCCCGCCGCCUGUUCGAUGAGUUGCCCUUCCGGGACGUCGCAAUGUGGAACUCCUUGAUCGGCGGGUACACCAGGUGGGGCGAGCUGGACCAGGCCAGGGAGUUGUUCGAGAUGAUGCCCUUUAGAAACGUAAUCUCUUGGACGUCCAUGGUCUCCGGGUAUGCCCAGAAUGGGCGCUAUGAGGAGGCCGUCCGUGCGUUCUCGAGGAUGUGGGAGGAAGCCGAGGUGAAGCCUAACGAGGUCACGCUCGCGAGCGUGCUGCCGGCAUGCGCCCACCUUGGGGCGAUAGGGCUGGGAGAGAAAAUAGAGAACUAUGCACGUGAGAAGGGAUUGAUAGGGAAUGUGUUCGUGUGCAAUGCUUUACUGGAGAUGUAUGGAAAGUGCGGGAACAUUCAUCGUGCAAGGAAGGUAUUCGAUGAAAUGGGUGUUAGAAGAAAUUUGUGCUCUUGGAAUUCGAUGAUAGUGGCAUUGGCAGUGCAUGGGAUGUGGUGUCAAGGCCUUGAGCUUUUCCAUGAAAUGAGGGAAAAAGGAAUCUUGCCCAAUGAUAUUACACUUGUAGGUGUUCUCUUGGCUUGCACUCAUGGAGGACUGGUGGAUGAGGGGCAGUAUAUCUUCAAUUCCAUGGAAAAGGACUUUUUCAUCACCCCUAAACUGGAACAUUAUGGUUGCAUGGUUGAUCUAUUAGGGCGUGCUGGACUAACAAAAGAAGCCUACAGUCUGAUAACAAGUAUGCCAAUGGAGCCAGAUUCAGUGAUAUGGGGUGCUCUGCUUGGUGCUUGCAGUUUUCAUGGUGACGUCCAAUUGGCAGAAGUUGCUGCCGAGUUCCUAUUUAAACUUGAGCCAUGGAACCCAGGAAACCUUGUGAUUCUUUCCAAUAUAUAUGCUUCAUCAGGGAGAUGGAAUUCUGUUGCUAAAAUUUGGAAAAUGAUGAAAGGAAAACUACACAGAAAGUCAGCUGGAUAUAGCAUAAUUGAGUUAGAUGGGUAUAUGCAUAAGUUCCUCGUGGAGGAUAAAUCCCAUCCACAAUUUGAAGAGAUAUAUGUCCUUCUGGACGAGAUUACAAUGAGGAUGAGACACCUUAGUUACAAACCUAAUCUGAAUCUCCAGAUCGAAUGCUAAGGGGAUUUGGAUAUUCAUAAGGUUGUGUUCCAUUCAAGGACAUAAAUGAACAGAAUCCUCCAAAACCGUAAAUGUGUUCCAUUAUCAAAUUUUAGAGCACAAGAAGCUGAAUAGAAGGCUAUGGUCAUGGAGGUCUUGUUGUUUAGUGUUUGACUUAAUGGGUUGAAGAAAAUAAUAGAAGCACCCCAAAUGACUGCAAAGCAACUAUUGAUAAGCAUUUUCAAUCAUUUUAUUGAACCUCCUGAAUAUAAAAAGCAACAACGGUGUUCUGAAUCUCAGAUCAACGGUUGAAACUUUUGACAACUCUGCGGGAUCUCGAGUUAUCAACUUUUUAUAGAAGGCAUGACAGGAUCAUCCAGUUGGAUAUAAACUCAUGUUUGCUCAAGAAAUUGAUUUGGUACCAGUCUUAAUCAAAGAGGGAUGGAAACCUUUUGACGUGUAGCUAUAUGAUAUUAGCAUUUAUCCAAGAAAAGAAAAAUUAUUCUACUAAUGGAGUAGUAUAGAGGUUGAAAUCAGGAAAAAGUUGUCAUGAAUAGUACACGAGACUCUCUAUUAAGAUAUAGAUGAAAAAGUCAGCGAGUUCGACCAAAGCUAAUUAGACUGGCCAACUUCAACAUAUUUAACAAGAGCAGGAAACCAACUGCUACCAGAGAAACCAAUCAUCCAAGGGGGAGGAACAGAAGAGAGUCGUGGAAGAAGGUUAGGCAUAAAAGAUCCAAUGAUAGCACUGAAGCAGAGAAGACAUCACUACUAUAGUGUUCACCAUCUGCUGUUAUUGUUAUGACCUCCUUGUCACCAUCACAGUCACAUUCAUCAACUGCCAUUGCUGUCAUAACUUUGCUAUCACAUUAGCAGAGGAGAGGUUAAGGGGAAAGGUAUGAGGCAAAGGUGACAACAUGACAGGGAAGGUAUAUGCCAUGAUAUCCAGAAUUAAUUCUGAAUCUUGUGGUUAUUUUACUUGUUUUUUGCAUUACCCAACUCCAGCUGCAUGAUAAUUAGAGAUGCAUCUUUUCCACAUUUUAUAACUAAUAGGAUGUUGGAUGAUAUUUUGCUUGAAUUGAAUAUGCACUAAAAUGCUACUUGCAGAUUACAAAAGGCUAAAGAAAAUGAUACAUAUCACCACUGACAAAAGUCUUAGAGAAAUAGUUUCAGGUCCUCGUAUGAGCUAUGCAAACCUCAUCUUUAUCUAUACCUUUAUGCCAACCAAUAACAAACUAUCCUUGUAUAGGCAUAUAAAAUACUAUGUUUAAUAUGAUGUAGGAUAAGAACUGUCAAGAGGCUUUGUCGAAAAUUUGAGAUAUCAGUCGACUUCAAUCAGCAUUAGAAAAACUCUACGGAUGCUGAAAUUCAUGGUUGUGAGUUUUUUUAAUUGUUUGAUAUUUUGUUUUAGAGACUUAUAAGUGGUUAGAAAAUGAUUUUGGAUUAUGGUGGUAGCUUUGAAUACUGUUUUGAAAACCAACAUACAAAGAUGAGAGGGUAGAUAGAUGAUCGCAACAAAGAAAGAGAGAGGAGAAAAAUACUUGAACUAACCCAAGUUUGUAGGAAUCACAUAUAGGAUUUGGCUUCAUGCCAAUCAUGCCUCACAGGCUCUUGGGAGAGCACUUCUUGAUUUUGUUGCACCAUUUUACCUUGUGACUCAUCUGUAGUAAGUUUUGGUUCGGGUCAAUUUAUCUAAUGUGCUCGUCUCCAAUUUGUAGUUCAAUACUUUUAGAUACUGAAACCCUUGUUUUGUUGCUUUUCGUGAUGUCCUCUUCUACAAUUACAGCCCUGACAUUUACAUAGAAACAUUUGCACUUGUUUUCAAUUCUUUCUGGUCUCUGACUUCAUUUGCUUUUAGCUUUAUCUUGACUUCAUAUUUCCUCAGUAGACAUCAAAUCAAAAAUCUUCUACAUGAUGGCUCCUUGAACUCUUCCCAAUCUACGGUUGAUGAUUCUGCCUGAUAUAAUAUUUGUCUAUGCACGUCUAUUAACCAUUAUUCUGCUCUCUCUGAGCCCCCAAGCUCGCAUGUACAUCCUAGAGUAAUCAAAAGUCCAAAAUAAUCUUCAAGAUAGCUUCUCCACAAUUAAUUCAAGUAUGUCAUGGUCAUUUGUGUAAGAACUUUUACAGAAGUAGUACUCAUCAAUGUUUAAAUUGUGAUAUGGUCUUGUAAUUGCCAUGUUCAUCAACAUUAACAUUUUCCCUAGAGUUUAUUUGAUUAAAAAGAAUAGGAAUAAUAGUGAGUAAUGGUGCCAUUGGUCCAAUUAAUAUUUUGAUUAAUAUUAUUCGUGUACAAUUAAUGUUUUUAACAUUGUAGGUCCCUCUAUUGUUAGUUUUGCGUACAUGCGAUCAAGAUACAAUUUAUCACUGAUGACUAGGAAAUUGUUAAAAUAAAAGUUAUUAAUCUGGCUACUUCUGCCAUGUUAAUUUGCAGUCCCCGAUAAAACAAAACUGAUCCUGCUCGUGCAUACAAAAUCUGAACUUGGAUUUCAUGUCGGGUUGAUGAUGAUGUGGCAUCAUCGUGGUGCUUAUGUGUUAUACAUGUUGACCACUUGACAUCACAUGGCACAUCAAAAUAUUAAAAUGAAACUUGGUGGGCUACUAUAUCCCAUGUGGAUUGCCAUGAUAGCACCAAGAAUAUCAAGAAAUUCAAGUAUACACUUGUGUCUGCAUGUAAUAUUUCUGAAGGAGAAAGUGGCCAAAUAAUCAUAAAGAUGGAGGGACCAAAUAUAAAAGUCAAAGAUAGAUUGAACAAAAUUUUGAUACAAGCUCUAAAUUGACUAUUGAUAUAUAAAAAGGGGAUUGAUAAUGUCAUUAGUCCAAAACAUUACCUUCAUUAAGGUAAUUCUGGAACAUCGUUAGAACAUCAUCUUGGUUCAUGGUUUAUUUAAUUUUGAUUUUUUUUGGAUAGUUGUAAUGGUGAAAGCAAGGAAGUUAAUGUGGCAGUAAAUGUCGAAACAGGAGCGUGAAUUACCUAAUUUCUACAUGGUGACCUUGUUCUAUAAAUUAUCGUUUUACAAGUUUGUUUCCAAGAUAAUGUUGAAGGCUCUGACAAAUGAAAAUGACAAAUAGAAUUUCUGUAUUUGUGUUAAAAAAAAAAAUUUGCUCAUCGGCCACUUGUUUACUCGAGAAUUGGAAGUGCUCAAGCAAUAUAGGAAAACAGGCUUUUGAUGUAUUUACUUUCUUUGUAAUUUUCAUUUUAGAUAUCGUAAUUGGCUAAAAUAGUGUGAAGUUUUUUGACCUGUAUGAUUUUUUUACCUCACGUGUCAAUUAUCAUGAAUGUACUUGCAAAGGGUUAUCAAUUUAUUGGAACUUCACUAUUUUAGAUGGUAUAUCUAGAUAAAGAUACGCUAGAUGUGGAAGCCAUGAUCAUGUGUUGCAUGGGUUUUUAAAGCCAUGACCAAACUUUCAAAGAUUUCCAAAAUCUGGCACAGGAUUCCCAUCAAAUCCUUGUUAAGAGAAGUCAUGCCCGCAUGCUCUUAAGCAGUGCCUUGCUUCUCUCUCCAAUACAUGAAGGUUGUAAAUUAUCCUUUGUCUUCAAUAUUUAUUCAAACUAAUUACCUUAUUUUGCCAAUUUUAUGAGUACCUUUUCUUAAGUUCCAUUAUGAGCAGUCAUUUUUCGGUGUGGAGUUUUAGUCGAUAGUAUGCAAUUAACUUUGAUAGUAUGAAGGUGUGUUGUAGUUUUAGGGGAAAAAAUGUAUUUUGUUUUUUUUAUGUUUCUAAAUGUGUUGAACUGUUGUUACUGAAAUUAGGGAUAUUUUAGCUGAUUAGAUGGUCUUACCCAUAAGUGCCAUGAGUUUUAAGCAAUCGGAGACUCCUCUUUAGACAAGUACACGAGCAUUUGCACAUCAUCUAUCAGACACGACUUCUCCGUUAAUAUAACCUUUGCUCGUCAUGGUUAAUAGUCUGUUAAUAAUUCUUUUACUUUGGUUUUUACCAUCUAAAAUGGAAGUUUCUCUCUUGCAGUCAAAGAAUUGUCGCAGUCUCAGUGCAGAUCGCCUCUAGCUUCCACAAGUUGACCAGUCACAAGAAUGAUGGUGAAUCAUGAAAUCGGAGUCCUUCCAUGCUCGAUCGAUCGAACGCGAUGCGGAAUUCUGGGUUUAAUCGAUCUCGCUUGCUUUCAUUUGUGGAUGUCGAUAAGUUUUGCGGCAGCAUGCUUCCAAAGUACCUUGGCACAAAAGACGGCAAAAGAGGCUCCGGAUGACCAAAGAAGCAGUGAGGGGAAUCAUUCGACAUGGUUUUUAUGGACCGACUGACAUAUGUGGAUUAUGGAUGGAUGGUCCCGAGGUGAUCCUUUAUACGAAUAUUUAUUUUGCCCUUGGUAUGUAAUAGAACAUAAAUCUAAAUUAUUGUGUUACCAGAAUAUUGAACCAUCAUUAAGUUCCAAGAUUAACUACGCUUACUUCAACAACCAGGACAUGUUAGGAUGAGUUGCGAUCAGGACACCCUUUUUUUGAAUUCUUUUUCAAGCUAAAAUCCAGUGUUUGUUAUUUAUUA